AUGGCGGUCCUGAAAGUGACUUUCACCAAAACCAAGCGGGAUAAGCUAGCCCAGAUGCUGUGGAUCCUGAACUGGGUGUCUGUGGUGACUGGCAUGAUUUUGCUCAGCCUUGGCUUCUUCCUGAAGGUGGAGAUCCAGCAGCGUCAGGAGCUAAUGUCUAACCGUGAGGUGUACUCUGUGCCUAACAUGCUGAUUGCUGUGGGCCUCAUCGCCUGUGCCAUCAACUUCCUGGGUGGUAAGAUCUGCUACGAUUGUGUGGACACCACCAAGUUCCUGCGCUGGAAGCUGCUGAUGCUCCCCUACAUUAUCUGCACCUUUUUCUUCACCUUCUGCCUCCUGGCGGGAGCAUUCAUGUGCUAUGCUAUGCGCCAUGAGCUGGAGGAGUCACUGUCUAUAGGGCUGCAGGAUGCCAUGCGUUUCUACAAGGACACAGACAAACCUGGCCGCUGUUUCCUCAAACGGACUGUGGACCUUCUCCAAAUCCAUUUCCAAUGCUGUGGCAAUGAUGGCUUCCGUGACUGGUUCCAUAUACAGUGGAUCAGCAAUCGGUACCUGGACAUGUCCCGUGGAGAAGUGGCAGACCGACUGAGGAGCAACGUGGAGGGAAAGUACCUGACUGACGGAGUGCCUUUUAGCUGCUGCAACCCCAGCUCUCCGCGGCCUUGUAUCCAGCACCAGGUGACUAACAACUCAGCCCACUAUAACUACAACUACCAAGCAGAGGAGCUGAACCUGUGGCCACAGGGCUGCCGGCAGGCUUUGCUGGAGUACUACACCCACAUCAUGCAGUCCAUCGGCCUCACCGUGCUCCUCAUCUGGCUCUUUGAGCUCUCUGUAUUGACAGGGGUUCGCUACCUGCAGACAUCCAUGGAGAAUGUGCUGAGGCAGGGCGACCCUGACUCCGAAUCUGACGGCUGGCUCCUGGAGAACAGCUUUGCUGAGACUGCUCGCUACAACUUCAACAUCAUCAAGAACCUGGGGAAAUGCUAUCAGGUGGACGAUGAUCCCAACAUUGACUUCCAGAGUCCUACCCAGCCUGGGCCUGACAACGUGCAUCCCAAACCCAUCGCUUUUGCCACCUGAUCUCCUUAUGGA